GGCGGAAGCGGCGGCCGGUGCGCGGCCAUGGGCACCCGCGGGCUGAGGGACGCCGUGGUGGAGCUGCAGCCGGGACAGGCCCGCGAAGGCAGCGCAGACAGAGGGCCUGCCGAGGGCCAGCCCGUGGUCAUCCUCCUGGGCUGGGCCGGCUGCCAGGACAAAUACCUGGCCAAGUACAGCGCAGUCUACAGCCAGAAGGGCUGCACGGUCAUCCGCUACACAGCUCCAUGGAGGAUGGUAUUCUUCUCCGAGACCUUUGGCCUCAGAUCCCUGCAGACCCCAGCCAGACAACUCCUGGAGCUGCUCUUUGACCACAGAGUUGAGAGCAGACCGGUUCUUUUCCACGUUUUCAGCAAUGGAGGUGCCAUGCUGUACCGUUACAUCCUCGAGGCGCUCCACACCCACACGCCCUUCCAGAGCCUCAGGGUGGCCGGCACCAUUUUCGACAGCGCCCCUGGCAGAAGAAACUUGCGAGGAGCCCUUCGUGCCCUGGCAACUGUGCUGGCCUCCAUGAACGUGCUGCUCAGGUAUCUCCUGCUGUUCACUUUUGCCACCACGGCCGUCGUGCUGCGGGUCCUGCUGCACCCCCUGACGCGCUUCCUCCACGAGAGCCACUACGACGCCCUGCUGAAGGCGCCCUCGCGCUGGCCCGAGCUCUACCUCUACUCCCAGGCUGACCUCAUCAUCAAGGCCAGCGACAUUGAGCUCAUGGCCAGUGCCCGGGAGCAGCUCGGGGUUCCUGUGAAAGCCGUGGACUUCUCAGACUCGCCGCACGUCAGCCACAUGCGGGUGUACCCCGCCUACUACCGCAGCCUCUGCACCGCCUUCCUGGCUGACUGUGCCGGGGGCUCGCCUCCCUAGUGCUCUCGUCACCUGCAGUGUUUGCCUCUCCUUGCUCAGCUCCCAUGGGAAAUGUCACCUCCUUUGCUUUUGUGUCUUUGAAAUGAGGAAAGUAGAGGCUCCUUGUUUGGUUUCGUUUGUUUUUUUUUUUUUUCCCCUACCGUCUACAAGUCUGAAAGCCUCCAGCCUGGCCUUUGGACCAGCCGCGUUAGAGCAGAAAGGAGAUAUGGAUUAAUUUAAAGUCCUGAAGGUGAAAUCCUGUCAUGGUUCAUGUUGAUGUGCUCUACCAAGGUGUCACAGACCAGAAUCUCACACUGAGUAUUAUUUGUUUCUUCCUGUCUCUUCUUGUUCACUGCUCUCCAUGUUGUCUCCUUGUCCCUGAUGUCCAAGGUGCAUGUUCUGUUGCUUGUAUUAAUUUUACAAUACAACUCUUCCAUGUC